AUGCUACACGUUUCAGCGGAAGACCGGCUCAAUGUCUACGAGUUGUGCAAAACAUAUUUAGGCGGCGAAUGGGCCGACGUUUGCGCCGACGAUCUGGCCAUCAAACCCGCGACGGGUGGAGUUGUUAGCAAGUUACUUUACUGUUUUCUACCGGACACGAUGUCAGCAAAAUAUUCAAAAGUUGUGGUCAAAUACCAUGAUGAUCUACUGGCUGAUGCCGGUGUAAACACUACACAUUUGUUAACAGUAAACUCUCACUAUUUCAACGCCAGCGAUGAUCUGAACCCCAAAACUGUCGCACUAUUGGCACAAAAGUUGGCAAAAAUGCAUUCACAAGAUAUGCCGAUACCUAAAGACAGGACUGAAGUCUAUAUGCGAAUGAUAUUUGAAGAGUGGCUCAAAGAACCAGAUAUUGAAUCCCUGAGACACGGGUUGGUUCGGCGGGAGAUCCAGAAGAAUAAUCUCAAGACAUUGAUGUCUACGGAUUUGGUGGCAGAGAUGGCUUGGGUUAGGGAAGUGAUGGUCAGUCUCAACAGUCCAGUAGUUUUCUCCCAUAACGAUCUCAAUCGCCGUAAUAUUCUGGUCACUAAUAAUAACAGUGAUGUCGACGUUUACAUAAUUGAUUUUGAUUGGAGCUGCUAUAUGUAUAGGGGCGCUGACCUGGGUGAUUAUUUUGUUAAUUGGUGUCAACAAGACUAUGGCCCUGAAGUUUUCCCGACUGAUGACCAGAUGUUGGUCUUUAUUGACGCCUAUAUCCGAGAAUUGACAGCAAUUAAUGGCAACUCUUUUGCACAAUUGGAGAUCAAUUCACGUCAAAGGCUUAUAAAGGAGGCGAAACCAAAAGCCGAGAACCGCAUUAAAAUGAAACAUAAUAAUAUCCAUAAUAUAUUAAUCGUUUCAGCGGAAGAUCGGCUCAAUGUAUACGAGUUGUGCAAAACAUAUUUAGGCGGCGAAUGGGCCGACGUUUGCGCCGACGAUCUGGUCAUCAAACCCGCGACCGGUGGAUUUGUUAACAAGUUACUUUACUGUUUUCUACCUGACACUAUACCAGCAAAAUACCCAAAAGUGGUGGUCAAAUACGCGAAUGAUGACCUGGAAGAGAUCGGCGUAAACAUUACACAUUUGUUAGCAAUGAAU